CGCACUCGGGAACGGCUGUCGUGGUUCACCGCUGUGUCUUCGCCCUACAUAUAGUGGUAAGCUUGUCGCACAAGAUGGAAAAGGUGCACGGAAAACGACAUAGGAAGAAGGGCGCGAAGGGUCGCACUAAGAGUAGGGCCCCGGGUGCCGACACUAGUGACGUCCCCUCCGUUGUUUCUCCUGUUUCGCCAUCCUCCCCGCUUCCGACGUCUCCCUCAGCUGAACCGCAAGGGUCUUCUGUUGACGCCGCUUCAAGAACAGCAACCGAUGUUUCUCCUUCGGUGCCUGCCCAUGCUGCUGUUUCGGAAACCGCUGCUUCUCCUCGACCUGCUCCUAGUGUUCCCGUUCCGGAAUCAGCAGGUGCCACAGCACCUGCUGUGGUGCACUCAGCAGGUGCACUUGCAGGUGCACUUCCUUCUACGCCUCCUGCUGUUGCCUCCACGCAGCCUGCUCCUGAGAGCCGUCGCAGUCUUGCGAGCCUGGUUCCGUUCGCCAUUGACGAUUCGCCAUAUAAUACCCCAAUUACCCUUUCCUACUACAGCAAACACCCGUCCGGACCUAUUGGUAACGUGCAAGACAAAGGAAGCAAGGACGGCCAACGAACUGCAUCCAAAACAACUACCACCAGGAAAGGAGCAGAUACAUCCGAAACUGCACCGCCCGGAGCCGCAAGCGAGGAAGGCGACGUGGAAUCUGAUCCAGAUGUUCGUUGCGGAUUCCUCUGCGUCCGAUACCAUUUCCUGGAACGUUUCCGCACACCGGGGUGGCUUCUGCUGGUCCUGUGCAGUGUCUGCUUCAUGCGCAACUUUACUGUGGCCGGUAUCAUGCUUGUCGUGCUGCCCACUCUCGAGCGACGGUACCAACUCACCGGGUCUGAGACUGGUACCAUCGUUAGUACCAACGAUAUGGCGGGCUCUCUGCUACUGCUUCCUGUGUCUUUCAUGGCGAGCAACCGCAACAAGCCUCACUUCAUCAGCGCAGGAAUUACGCUCAUUGGCUUGGGAAAUACAGUGAUCACAUUGGCCCAUACCCUUGCACCGCCCUACCAGUCGGGUGCCGGAACCACCGACGAAAAUUGUCCCAGAAUCAACGUGGACUCCGAUGUGCACUCUGAUGGAGAUAGCAUCCGGCACUUCCGUUUCGUCAUCCUAUUCGGUCAAGUGUUGGCUGGCAUCGGAGCGACCGCUACUAAUACUGUCGCCGUCGCAUACCUCGUGGAAAAUGUGCCUCCGGAAAAGGCCCCUGCCUAUGUCGGCAUAUUUAACAGCAUGCUCGUUCUGGGACCCUCCGUAGGAUUCAUUUUCGGAGGCAUGACGCUCAAAUACUAUGUGGACAUCUUCACAGAUUAUAGAGAGCUGGGCAUCACACCAAGCAGCGGGUCAUGGGUUGGAGCCUGGUGGAUAGGUUUCUUCGUCGCCGCUGUAGUAGGACUGUUCCUGGGUUUCGCUGUCGUCUUAUACCCUAGGCGCCUCCCACGAGGCGACUCGGCCAGUAAACCAUCGACAGACAAUGUCGUUGAAUGGACAGACACGUCGUGCCUGCAGUCCCGCGACUUCGGGGGUCACCUGUCUGACUUACCCAGCGCCCUGCUCAAAUUGACCAAGAACUUAACUUUAGACUUAGUCUGCCUCGCACGAUCUUUCCUUCAGUUGUACACGACAGGUAUCACGUCAGUGGUGACGAAAUUUCUCGAAGCGCAGUUUGCUCUCACAUCCGCCAACGCCGCACUCCUUAUAGGGCCCAUAGCGCUUGUGGCUGGAGCAGGAGGGGCUAUCUUUGGAGGCGUCAUGGUUAGCAAGCUGAAGCUGGGGUCGUCUGGCAUUCUACGUCUCUGCCUCUGUAACACCGUUCUUUCCCUGCUAGGCAUGCUUAUCUUCUGGUUUGCUUGCCCCGAUGCGAAUCUCGCAGUUAACGCUCAGGCUGACGGACAAACUGCUGCCUCCAAGUACGAAAUGUCCUGCAAUAGUCACUGUGGGUGCAUCGAGGAUGUGGUACAGAUAGUUUGCAGUGCCGACAACAAAGUCUACCUGUCGCCAUGCUACGCUGGUUGCCAGAUUACUAUACCUGGCAUCAACGCUACGGGCUAUUCGUCCUGCGCAUGUAUAGAAGGUACAAUGCCUAUCGAGGGCCGCGACGGUCCCGUGCAGGUACAAGCCGUGCGAGCCCGGUGUAAAGUUCACUGCGGCCUUCUGAUUCCAUAUCUGCUAGGGAUCACGGCUUGUCUGUCAUCUGUCUUUCUCAGUAUGGCCCCGUCCACAGCUCUUGUCAUACGGGUGGUGAGGCCAAAAGAAAGAGCGCUGGCCCUAGGGUUAAUAGGCCUUUCAAGUCGGUUGCUCGGCAGUAUUCCUGCGCCAGUGGUGUUCGGCACAAUCGUCGAUUCAAGUUGCGCAGCUUGGAAGAAAAAAGGCGGACAACGUGGAAACUGUCUGGCUUAUCACAACAUCCAGUUGGCUCACGGCGUCUUCUUCACGCUUCUAGUCUGCGUCUUCGGCGCCAUGGCUUCCUACGCGGUAGCCCUUUACAAAGUGUCGAGAAUGACGGAAACACCAGGAGGGUCGACAAAGAAACAUGUUCCUGCGCAUCAUCAUGAAGCCGAAUAACGAGGAUGAAGAGGAAUAUGGGACGCCUGCACCUGGACCCACGCCUGAGCAAAAUCCACAUGCACAUAUUUCGACACGUUUCAUAUCAGUAUCUUUGAAUACACUGUAAAGUGUGCGCGUUAGAUACGUUAGGUUCUCAGAAUAAUAAAAUGGUUCAAUCUCUGG